GUAGUGUUCAUAUCUCUCACUCAAAACACAAACGACACAAACACAAUGGUAGCUUCAACGACAACAACAACAACAGAAGAAUUCUUACAUGCUAUAAAUCCUCUACAAAACCACAGGCACACCACAACAAUGCAUGAGGUGGUGGAGGAGAUGAAGAGACUAUCAGACAUAAGUUUUCCGAUCACGGCAAUGGGCCUAUUGAACUACCUCAAGAACAUGACCUCGGUCGUGUCCAUGGGCCGUCUCGGAAGCCUUGAACUAGCCGGCGGCGCAUUGGCCGUGGGAUUCACGAACAUCACCGGAUAUUCCGUCCUCUCCGGCCUCGCCUCCGGCAUGGAACCGCUCUGCGGGCAGGCCUUUGGCUCCAAGAACUUCUCCUUAGCCUCACUCACUCUCAAGCGAACCAUUCUUCUCCUUCUCCUCGCUUCUCUCCCCAUCUCUCUCCUUUGGCUCAAUCUCCAUCCUCUCAUGCUCGUCCUCCGACAGAACCCACCUAUCAUCAACAUCGCUUCUUUGUAUUGUCGCUUUGCUUUGCCCGAUCUUCUCGCCAACAGUGUUCUUCACCCUAUACGUAUCUAUCUACGUAGCAGAGGAACCACUUGGCCUUUGAUGUGGUGUACGCUUCUCUCCGUUAUAUUCCACGUGCCCAUUACAUGGCUCUUCACGUUUUAUCUCUCCCUCGGCGUAGCGGGUGUCGCGGUUUCGUCUGUCGUCUCCAACUUCAUCUCUUUGUUCUUUCUCUUGUGUUACAUGUGCACAUGUACUGAUGAAAUCGACAUCGACGAUAACGACAGCACGACAAGGACUGCAACUAGAUCUUGUCUCAAGACACCGUUGAUGAUGAUGUCGUUGUCGGGUUCUACUAAAGAUCGCGAAAUUUGGUCGAGUUUGGUGAGAUUGGCCGUACCGAGUUGUGUAGCGGUUUGCUUGGAGUGGUGGUGGUACGAGUUCAUGACCAUCCUCGCCGGAUACUUGCCGGAACCGGAGGUCGCACUCGCAGCAGCGGCCAUAGUCAUCCAGACCACCUCGCUCUUAUACACCAUACCAACCGCCCUCUCGGCCGCGGCCUCGACCCGAGUCAGCAAGGAGCUCGGCGCGGGGAGACCGGAGAGAGCGAGGACGGCAGCUGGUGGCGCCGCCGCCGCAUCGGUGGUGGGUCUGGUCGGAACCAUCGUGGGGAGGGAGGCUUGGGGGAGGAUUUUCACGGCGAACACGGCGGUGAUUGAACUCGCGGCGGCGGUUCUGCCGGUGGUGGGGCUGUGCGAGGUCGGAAACUGUCCACAGACCACGAGCUGUGGGAUCCUACGUGGCAGCGCGAGGCCAGGUGUGGGGGCGAAGAUCAACUUCUACGCUUUCUACAUGGUGGGGGCCCCACUUGCUGUGGUCUUGGGGUUUGUGUUUAGAUUAGGGUUUCUGGGAUUGUGUUACGGGUUGCUUGGAGCACAGAUCGUUUGCGCAAUGACCAUUUUGACCGUUGUUUACAACACGGUUUGGGAGAUAGAGUCGUUGAAGGCUCGGGAUUUGGUGGGCAAAAUUGGAAUUUUACGUGCGGACGAUUCGGUAUUAGUCAAAUGCGAAGAAGGUAGACAUUAAAUUCUUUUUUUUUGUAAUAUUCUUCUGAAAAAUCUUGUUUAGUAUUUUUAAUUGUAUUCAUUUAUUAAUAUGAAAUCUUUGUAUUUAAAGAGAAUCAUGUAAAAAUAUCUAAAUAUCGUUGUCACGUUACAUAA